UUUUCAACUGCUAAUGCUGUUGGGAGCACAAAAUUGACCAAGGGGAAACCAAGGAUAAAAGAAGUAAUCAAAAGUUCCUUGGAAAGUAUGCCCCGCCGCGGUAGGAGCUCAUCCAGAGUUGAUCGAAAAGAAUUAGAAAGAGACCGAAGACAGUACAUGAAAGAUCUAUUUUCUAGGCUUGGUUUCCUCCUUCCUACUCCACUCUCCAAGCAGUCGUUACCUGAGUUGUUGGAUCAAGCCACCACUCAUGUAAAGCAAUUGGGACAAAGGGUAGAGAUGCUGAAGCAAAAGAAGCAACUACUUGAAGGCAGUGGUACUGAUGAUCAGAUAACUGGUAUCAGAGAUCAUAUGAUGGGUGGCGCAUGGUCACCUGUUCUCACAGUGAGUGAUUUGGGUUCUAUGUUAGAGGUGUGCGUGAAGAGUGGGUCAAACAAGAAGUUCAUGUUGCAUCAAGUAAUCCAGGUUCUUGUCGAAGAAGCAGCUCAGGUUGUAGCUCUUAGCUACUCCAAUGUUGGGGAUAGGAUCUUCUAUACAAUUAACGCUGAGGCUGUUAGUCCUAGAAUUGGCAUAGAGACUUCAAGGGUGCGUGAAAGAUUGAACGAACUGAUGCUUUGAAGUACCUGCUAGGCCUUGCCUUCGAGGAAGAUAGCAUGCAUGAUUAACGUUUUACCUUUUUCCUCUGUUUGGUGGAAAUAUUACACAUCGCAGAGUAUCUUAGUUGCCCCGGCCCUCUAUAUGGACCUAAUGAAUUUGUAUUGUAUUUCCACUUCUUCUCAAUCUAAUUAAGAGAAAUUUUUUUCGUAUUUA